GUACUAUUCCUAAAUCGUCGUGAAAUAUUUUUGGAGCGGCCAACGAGUAGCUAUGGCGGAAAAUCUACCCGGAGUCGGUGCAUUUUGGAGAUUCAUUUGCAGAGUUUCUGUGAAUCAGUUAGCGAUUUAUCACGCGCUCUGCUGCGUACUCAUACCAUUUGUCGCAAUUUUUCACAUGAGUUGCAAUGUCGACUUCACUGAGAUCGCAAGAAGAGCUAGCGAAGCAGAAACAGCGGAUUGAUGCCAGUGGUCUCUACUUCAACGUACCUCCUGGCGAUAAGGAUCCGAUCGUGUAUUCACCAUCUUACAAUAUUUCGUUCCUUGGCAUGGAAAAACUGCAUCCUUUUGAUUCAUCGAAGUGGGGCCGUGUACAAAAAUUCCUCGCUGAUGAGGGAGUGCUGAACCGGAAGCGCAUUGUGGAGCCUGUUGAGGCAACAAGAGACGAUCUUCUCGUCGUACUGCAUUUUUCACUAUCCAUGUCAAGAGCAUUUAUACGCACACUUUGCUUAGGAUUGCGAACUACAUUAACAUGGAGGUUUAAGGUGCACAGUGAAGAAUACCUUGACAGUUUAAAGUGCAGUUCGGUGGUCGCACAGAUAGCAGAGGUGCCACCAAUAGCGCUUCUGCCGAACUUUGUGGUGCAGUGGAAGGUCCUUAAGCCCUUUCGAAAACAGGUAGGCGGUACAGUUCUGAGCGCGAAGUUGGCCAAGGAGAGAGGUUGGGCUAUCAACAUUGGAGGCGGAUUCCACCAUUGUUGCGCUACUGAGGGAGGCGGCUUUUGUGCUCAUGCGGACAUUAGUUUGGCUAUCCAAUUUGCAUACACACGUCUGGGUAUCACGAGGGUGAUGAUUAUUGACCUAGAUGCCCACCAAGGUAAUGGGCACGAGCGGGACUUUAUGAAUGAUGACAGAGUCUACAUCGUUGAUUUGUACAACUCAGAUAUCUAUCCUUGGGAUCAUGAAGCCAAGAGACGGAUGAAUCAAUCAGUUACUCUCAAGAGCGGCACAAAAACCGAUCAGUAUCUUGAAUUACUCAGUCAAGCAUUGAAGAAAGCUGAAGCUAUCUUCAAGCCAGAGUUGGUAGUGUAUAAUGCAGGUUCCGACAUCCUUGAGGGUGAUCCUCUGGGCAGGCUUCUUGUUACACCAGAAGGAGUGAAGCAACGAGACGAAAUAGUCUUCCAAUUUGCCAAAGAUCAGCAUGCCCCCAUUCUCAUGCUCACUUCAGGUGGCUACAUGAAGACUAGUGCCCGUGUGAUCGCUGAUUCGAUCACAAACCUUGGAGCCAAGGGCCUCAUUUCACUACCAAGUGGUGGUUCAGUAUCGGCAUCCUGUUGUGCCUUAAAGUAGCUGCCCGUCUCAGAGUUCCUAUUUCAUCCACCUAAGAUACCACUCCAUGGUAGUGAGAAUCUGAUGCUCAUCAAAUAGCUGAAGUCGAGUGCACAAAAUAUUAAAUCCAUACCAUGAUGCACAUCUACAGGUUGCUAUCUGCGAAGUCUAUUAGUUGGGUAGCUUUUGUAUGGCUAUUUGUUAUUUCACAUGCUGCAACUAUCAAAUGCUUGCCUCUGAGGAAGGCUACUAACAAGUUAACCCACAGUUUAUUCAUUGUUGCUACUUUCUGCAUAUCUCAGAGCUCAUAAGUUGAAGCUUAUUCAAUAAAUUUUAGCCUAACAGUGUGGAACCCA